GGUCUGCUCAUGUCUGUGAAGCUAAAAGGCCUAACAUCAACUCAGGUCACCGACUACCUGACAAAGACCUCCACUAGUUAUGCCAGCUUGACAGAUGCAGCAACCACGUACACGAACCUGGUGAAGGCGUCCUCCCAGACCACGAAAGUCACCUCAGACUUGAAGUUAAAGCGAGUGAUACAGAUAGACGCCACCACAGUCAGGGCAGAAUACCUUGCUAACGCCAACUCCAACGUCGACCUGGCUGCCCUCAGGAACUCCAUGUUGGAGAAUCAGAACAUGCAGGAUCUGGAUUUCACGCUGAAAAUUGCGGCCCUUACUGUGAGCAACCGCUGGUCCAGUGUCAAGGUAAAGAUCACAAACCGACAGUUCGAAACGGCGAUGUCUGACCCAACCUCCACCACAUUCAAGAACUUCAAGAACACCUUUCAGCCAUUGCUCCUCAAGGCGCUUAAGGAGAAGGUGAAGGCAGUCGCCAACGUGGUCGUCAUGGAGCUCCUCUCGGGGAGCGUGGUCGUCCGAGCCAGCGUGGAGGCAGACAGCACCGCCACGACGAGCACGACGAAUGAGAUUUCUACCGCACUCACGUCAGUCAGUACGCUGGACAGUUUCACGCUCGACGCCAAAAAGGAGGUAACAGCUGAGAAGUACCUGAGUGGUGGCCAGCUGAUCAGCCCCGUAACUAAAACUGAUGCCGACGGCAGUGACAUCCUGAGGGACACGGAAGACAUCUCGCGAGGUGACGUCAGCCUGGCAGAGAGCGAGGCAGAUAAGAUAAAGAUCAAAACCAACAAUUAUUUCUUCACGGUCACUAUUCCUUCUUUCUGUGCCGUCCUGUUGCUGAUCAUCAUCCUGCUGUGCUGCACGACCUCCAACUCCUGCCUCUGCCGAAUCUGUAGCAGCGACCCCAAGAACGUGCCCUAAGUUUGACCCUCAAAGGAUGCCCCCAGACGAGGUCAAAGGGUUCUCGAAGGUCAAAAUGCCGUUCUAGGGAUGCUCCUUUGAUGUUCUGAUGGUGGGCAUACUUGGGAAAUGCCUUGGAGUAUUCACGGGUGCGCCAACAAAAGUUGAAAACAUCUAGAUGAAGAAAAGAAAAUAUGGAAAUAUAAUUGGUAUACUCUAUAUCAUUAAUGACAACAUGGGAUAAUUAUAAAAUUCAAGAAAAUGUUUUUAUUGUAAUCAACAAUAAUAAUAGGGAUGAACAUUAAGUAAGCAAAAUUUGUCACAAAAUUUAUGUAUGUAUCAAAUAUAUAUCCAGUACAACGAGAAUAAACAACCUAAUAGAACGUAAUAAUAGAAAUGAUAUUUCAAAUUAAGACUAUAAGAAAAUGUUCUAGAGUGUAAAUUGAGAAACAAUGUCCAUUUUUAACAUUACGAAAAACAUGACAAUAUAUGAGAGAAACUCUUCUACCCUCUACACCUGCACCUAAGAUUUUUUUCUCCGAGAAUUCUCUUAUUUCGCUAAGUGUUUCAUGAACGUUACUCAAGAACAAAGCCAAUUCCCUGCCAAACUUUGCACCAAAUGAGGCCAGCAAAUUAAUUUUCAAGAGCUAAAAUUCUUACGCUUCUAAAGUCACAGGUGACAGGGUAUGUCCAGGUCACGUGCGAAUUACGUAACUACAACGACGUAUUUCCUGCCGUGCAAAAUACGCUGUCGAGUUUAUUGUGUGGGACGCCAGUGCCAAAACAGAUGGAAGAAAACGGGAAUGUACGAGUCGAAGCUGGACCGCGGAGCCUCGAGUUCCCGUCGAGGCUUCAAAUGAGACACACGCCGAGGAUAAAUAAAACGAAGGAAGAUCAAUAGGCAUCGUAUAUUAUUUUUUAAAAAUGACAGUGGAGACAGCCGGCGAAGAUCCUACCUGUGAUUCCUUUAGGGGGCGGGGUAGGAGGCUUUGAAAUGCGGCGCGAGUCACGUCCGCGCUCGAGAUACCGUUCGAUUCCAUGACGACACUCGCAUGGGUGUGAGUGACCAGAUCUGUAAAAUUUUUAUCACCUUCAUUUACGGUGCCGGUGCGGUGGAUAUGAGAGUUCAAGGUGGCAUUGCAUAGCUAAGGGAUGGUGCCAAAAGAAUGCCAGGGUGCCAGAGACCCGUGGAACGCCAGUAAACAAAGUAAAUAUGUAUAUUAUAAUUAGGGUCUCCGUUACACAAGGCGUCUUUUUUCACUCCGUCCUUUAGCCUUGUCCGGCGCGCUUACUUAAAUCAUUUAAAUGAAUAUAUAUACAUAUUGGAGUGUAGUGUGUUGC